AUGAUCUGUGAGCAAGCCAUGGCCGCGAUGCCUGGAUUCCCACACGAGCCUAUAAGACACAACUCGGAAGAACUUGCAUUUAUUUGCGAAAAAAUUAUCUCAUGUCUUUCUGAAGAAAAAGGUAUGUGGUGUCCCUCGACACUUAGCCCUACACUAUCUGUCUGUUGCAUUUACAUGUUAUAGCAUUAGGAAGCUAAAGAGGUUGAAGUCCGAUUAACUCAAAUGCCCGAAAAGUGUUCACUAGGUCAUUCAGAUAAGCAAAUUUUAUGCGUAUUAUGGAGUCAUCUUUACAACGACACAACUGAUAUCAACUUAAUAGCUUUGGUAGUUAACCAGUGUUCCUAAACAUUUACCAGUCCAAAUCCAUCCGGAAAUGAGGGCUUUGGGAGAAGCUGGUCAAUAUUAUUUGGUUAACGACCGCCGUAGAUGAGGGAUCGGUUUUGAAGCUUGGCGAGAACACGCGACUGCUCUGAGUGGGAGAAAGUUUAGUUAGGUCAAAUUGGAGUUAUUAUAGUCACUACAGGAUUCCGCUCUGUUUAACAUGCCACUAAAUGAUUCUGUUUCCUUCAGCCGCUGAGGACGCCUGCGUUUCGUCCGAAAAGAUGGAUUGCGCACCAGGUAAGCUGCAGUGAAUCAGUAUGAAAUGUUACACAGAUUUAUUCACUUAUCAUAUGACAAUAAUUCCCAUUAGUGUUCCAGUGAGUGUAGAUUUUUUACUACUUGCAAUAGAUAACUUUCAACAGGGAAAUUAAAGCCUUGCAUUACCAUACACAGCUCCCUCUAAGUGCAUUUCAGAAGUUUAUUGAGUGCACAGCAGAAAUUUCUUAGUAUUUAGAAGAAAAACCAGGCGAAGCAGCCCAGUUUCCAGGUUGCUGUUCUGCUACAGCAGACAGAGAGGCUUUUUAUCUUAAAGUUCCCAGAUAGCGUACUUAGAGUGCAGACCCGUCUACACAAUCAUGUGCAACCGGCUUUUGCCUUCAUUUUAGGGGAACGCACCAAAAUGAUUCUCCUUUGCGGUCGACUGGGAGAAUUGGAGCCCUGCCUGGCCUCACUGGGCAACCGAACAGAACUACUUGAACACAUAAUAGUGGCUACUAAUAACGUACGUAAUGCAUUUAACAUUGUCUCCUGGUAGUUUGUCUGGUAGAAACUUCUAGGUGCAUACAAAAUGCAACCGUAGAUCAUUCAGCUGCUCCUCCCCACUCCAUAUAAUAGCUCGCACGGAGUGUCCUAUAGGUGGCGCUAGUGGUGGUAAGGGAUGGUUGACAGCGAUUCUGCAGCCAAAUGUGCCCAACUUUCCACCCAACCCCAGAAGCGAUUAAAAAAGGCAGGCCAGUGGCAUGCGCGCCAUAGCAUCGCAGCCUGCAUUUAAAUGUUAGAUCCAGUGCACUUGAGUCCUCACAUCCUAAUUAAUCACACGGGAGUUAAGUUAGGUUAAUCGACAAUACUUAUCGAUCGGCAAGCUUAAACGAAGUCUCAGGCAUUGUUUGGGAAGUCGGUUGGUUUGGGAUUCGUCCAGAAUCUGGGCCAUCCACGCACACACCAAAGGAUUUAAUUGCAAUUAUUCGGCCUGUCGUCCCUUUUCUAUUGAAUUCUUUCCUUUCGAACUUACAGAUUACGCGACUCUACAGUAACAAGGCCACUUCCUCAAAGCCCCAUAUGGUGGAAUGGGACGAGUCCGUUUACGAGGAAUACCUCAUCGAGCGUGUUAAAACUUCGACCGACCAAUUCUCCAUCAGCCUCGCCAUAGAUUUCUCUCCCACCCUCCGGCGCAUUGAAAGAAUACGCAAACUCCUUGAUAAGGUGAGUUGUGGUGCCAGGCAAUGGGCAGAAAUACUCAUACAUGCAGGCAAACUUUAUGCAGUGGACUUACACACCUACAGAUGCGCCAACUAGGUUGGUGCACGGGCGGACUCGUUGACAAGAGGAAAAGCAGAACUUGAACCGGUACUGUAAAGGCAGUCUGACACUAAGGUUCUCUGAAGUUAGAAGCGUUGGUGACGGCCACGCGAGCACACUUAACUUCCAUUGUCAGCAAGAGUCGGAGCCGGCGCACAUAGUCCACAGAUCGAAGUCAUUCUCAGUUCUUACACUAGGAUCCUAUUUUACUACAAACUCCGAAAUCUGAUCGCACAAGCCUAACGAACUAACCAGCAGCGUCACAUGGUCUGCUAAAGGUCGAUUGUCAAACGGACGCUGAUAUAGUGCGGCCACAUCAGCAGACCAAAACUGCACCUAAAGCUUCAGCCCGGCACCAGAGCUGACAACAGCUCACCUGACCACAUCGUGAUCAACCAAAGUUAAGAGAGUAUUUCAUCCACAUAAUUGAAACCGUUCGUCAAAAACUCUGCAUAAUAAAAUGUCCCUUCAUUCAUAUCCCUGAUGUUCUCUUUCAAGGACGGAAUCCUAAUUAUCACCGCUGAGAACCCCGGCUGGCGAAUGGCUAAACCCGAGCUGAUGAGCAGUUUCUCGGCUAACGGGGGCUCCCUCAUAAAGCUCACCGAGUGCCUAGUUUCGGCAGCCAGCAGCGAACGCCGUCUCCACUUGCUGAGACCUACCGAACGACGGAAUGGCAUCUCGGGUCCCGUCAGUUGCCCUGAGGACACCCGGUUUGGUGGUGUGAAAGGCCGAUGA